AUGCUGAUUGUAGGUCUCACCGGAGGCAUUGCAACUGGUAAAUCCACUGUAUCCAAAUAUCUUGCUCAGAAACAUAACCUCACUAUUGUCGAUGCAGAUUUAAUUGCUCGGCAGGUUGUGGAGCCCGGUACCAAGGCAUAUAAACAGAUUGUGGAUCAUUUCACGCCCCUGGUUCCUGAGGGACAGUCGCUGGUCGAUGAAAAUGGUAAUUUAAACCGUCCUGUUCUUGGAAAGGUGGCAUUUGGAAGUGAAAAAGAACGCAAAGUGCUAAAUUCCAUUACUCAUCCGGCAGUUCGACUAGAGAUGGCCCGCCAAGUAAUUUGGGCUUGGGUUAAGGGGUGUCAAAUGGUGAUUUUGGACGUCCCAUUACUAUUCGAAAGUAAACUGGAUGCAUACUGUGGAGUUUCUGUCGUUGUUUCUUGUAGCAAUGAACAGCAACGAGAACGACUGCUCAAAAGAGACCCCCACCUGUCAGAAGACGAUGCGGAUAAACGAAUUGCUAGCCAAAUGCCGAUAGCAGAAAAACGACUUCUGGCCGACUAUGUCAUCAAAAACGAGGCCUCACUGGACUCACUCUACGCCAAGCUCGACGCUCUUGUGUCGCAAAUGCAACCCAACAUCAUCAUCUCACUCUCCGAAUGGCUCCUUCCGCCCAUUGGCUUCAUAGUGGCCCUCUAUAUUUAUAUUAAGCGCAAGAACCGGGUCAAGUCGAAGUUAUCGUAG